GAUCUCAAUCUGUCCAAUUGCAGGAAGCGAAACGAACAACUCUUAUGGCUCAGCAAAGACUCUCAAUGAUGAUGAUAGUUCGAACAGGCUUUCAAACUUUUUGCUAUUCCGACAACCGCCAACGUCGAUAUCAAUGGAUUCGUUCAUGCUCAAACCUAGCUCCAAUAUGUCGGCUAUACGUGAAAGCAUCAAUCUGGAGUUAAAAAAUCUCGAUACUGGUUUGCCAGAGCUGGAUUUCGCUAAGUUGGAGGAGCAGCUCAAAAAUGCCGCGAGAGAGCGAGAAGAGCACGAUCGGCGUCUUUUGGGUGAAGAGGUAUCGGGUCGCAUUUCGUAG